AUGAUUAGUUUCUGACCAGAAGCUGACCAGAAGCUGACCAGAAGCUGACCAGAAGCUGACCAGAAGCUGACCAGAAGCUGACCAGAAGCUGACCAGAAGCUGACCAGAAGCUGACCAGAAGCUGACCAGAAGCUGACCAGAAGCUGACCAGAAGCUGACCAGAAGCUGACCAGAAGCUGACCAGAAUCCAAAGAAGGGCUUAUAGGCAAUUGCAGAGUAAGGUAUUUUGAUUUCAGGAGAAUUAUGAGAAAGGUAAAAAGACAGCGAUCCAAUCAUUAAAAUCAAUGUCAGAAUGAAAACUUUUUUCUUCCUUUCUUUUCAUAAUCACGAGAUCUUAUUAAAUAAAAGUGUCUAGUAAGUUUUUAAGCUUUCAAACAGAUUCUACAGCAUGUUUUCUCAAUUAUUUGUCUUUAAGAAACAAGUUGAAAAAAUAGCUCAGAAAUCACGUGUAAUUUAAUAUGCAUUUUAAUCUGCGGCGCAGAUACAAAUAGUGGCAUUUUUGGUGGACUUUCUCAGUUGCAAGUAGCUGUUGUCAGUUGAACUUCUGUCCAGUUGGAGGUUUGUUUGGUGCCUUUUUUUCACACACUGGUCAAAUUUUGUUGAAAAACAGUUCUUUUCAGAACUCUGCUCUCUUUUUACAUGGAAAAGUAAAUUUCAGUUUGUUCUGGUUUUUUGUUUCUUUUCCAUUUAUUUACAGCCUGAUUGCUUUAAUGCUCUUUUUAUGUUUUGUUCCACAGAUAUCAUUCUUCAGUGAUUCUAGUUCUACUAGGAACUCAGCAAUUAUUGUUCUCUAAUUGGUAAGGAUCAUUCCCUUGUCUUAGGUUGUUUUAUUCAUGAUUGAAAAUUCCUUUGAGGUAAUCGUGCAAUGCAAUGUGUUUUUAACACGACUUUCUUCUUGUCUACCACAGAUUACUGCCAGUGCAAUGGUGCCAAGUACGUUUACAGUAUCACUUAGAGUGGGGAAUCUAAGUAUUGUCAAUUUUAUGCAGUCAUGUUUUGGGCCCUAAAUGGGAAAGGUGUCUUAGAUAUGUGACUGUUUUACCUCUGCCAUGUUAGAACUGUCACAGGGGUAUUCCACUCCAGAUAAAUACUUCAUCUAUGUUUUGCUGUUCAUGUUCUUGAAGUAUUUACACUGUCGAGGGCUCUUAAGCUAUUGAUGUUGUAUUCAUUGUCGGUUAGCAUUUCUUGACGUGAUUUGGUCACAACAGGGUCCGCUUAAAUGUUCAAAUGAUUGCGGCAAAUUGUCUAAUGCGUGAAUUCAUGCUGCACACAGGUAGACAACUGAAAUCCAACUGCUUGAUUUGACUGCAUUGUGCCUUACAUUUUGGGUACUCAUCUGUGUCACAUUUUCCUGUUGACAUGACACAGUUGUGUACACCAUAGAGGGUAUUGCAUUAAUUGUUGCUUUUGUCUGUAUAACAUGUUAGUUGAUGCUGAACAGUGAAGUACAUAAGCAUAGCAGGGAAGUAGUUGAACAACUCAACAAUGUUUUGGUGCACAUUUUUGUAGUUGAACGAGACACAGUUCCCAGUACAACUGGCACUUUCCGAGAGGUUUUAUGCUAAACUAUGGGCCUGCACUUCAGAACCUCUCUGACUAUGCCGUUUUUAACAGAUUGCAUGACUUCAAGUGCGAGUGGCCGAGGAGGCCAAACAUUGUUAUGUCAGAAAUGGCUCAGACGGUAAAGGAUAACCUUCCUGUUAUAGAGCAAUUCAGCAGUACCAUGUACACUCACGAGUUCAUUUAAGAUCUGGCAUCCUGUUUGAAACCUCUCCAUGAUUCUCAGUGCCCUCUGAAUAACAUAGAUAAAUCGACCAGUGAGCCAACCACAAAACAAGACAUAGUAGAUGCAUUGAGAACAAUCCAUGCAGACCCACACCUGGAGCAGAACAUCCAAGACACUUUCAACACUGCUGGCCCAAUGUUAAUGAUCUGUGCCCAGAUUAUGGCCAUAGGUACCCUCAUGCAUCAUCCCAAGGAGUUUGCAGGAAAAUGC